AUGAAGAAAGGGCGGAAAAGUAUGAUCAACGGAUCCGUCCGCUUUCAACAACACAAACGAAGCCCUGAUAAGAUUGGAUACAAGACAUAUGAUGACCAACCCAUAAAGGCAAACGACAAACUAGCUGAGAGGAAAGAAGGCGUGCGCAACGCUAGCUCUGGUGGUCGACCCUGUCAAAACCAAAGCCUGGGCAGGACCAUGUGGGACAACGUGGUGUAUUGCGAGGAUGUGUCUCGGCGUCAUGAAUCGUGGGACGUGGGGGGAUACAAAGUAGGAUGCAAAAAGGGGAACCUGGGUGAGGGGAGAGGGGCGAUUGUGAGAUGUCUGCUGGAGAUUCUCGAAAUGAACCUGAGGGUGGGGGUCAAGCCAAAUCGCCAAGCAGGAAGGACGAAUGUGUUUGUUGUGCAUCGUUGGCUGUGCGCAGAGAGCCAAACAAGAGCAAACGACAUCACAAAAGAAAACUAG